AGCAGACAGAAGCUUCUUACCCGUGUAAUCUUCUCCUGAUCAAUCUGUCCAUCACUGAGCUCUUCUUCCACCGCACCGACUGUACUACAACACCGCAUCAUGCUGCUCUCGCCGGCGGCCGAGCGGAGUCAGGACGGCUUGCUGUCGGUCCUGUGCGAGAUUCUGGAGAAUCAGUCUCACCGUGAGCUGUUUGGCCUUGAGUUUGGAUCCGGCACGGGCCAGCAUGUGGUGCGCUUCGCUCAAGAAAUGCCCUUUGUCACAUGGCAGCCGUCAGACAUCAAGGAGGAAUCCCGAAACAGUAUCAGAGCUUACAUUGGGGCCACUAAGGUAAAGACGGCACUGGAGCCGGUGCAUCUGGACGCCAGUGAACCCUGGGAGAAAUGGGCAGGACUGCCACAAAGCUCCUGUGACAUUAUCAUAGCGAUCAACCUGCUCCAGUACAGCCCCUUCAGCACUGCACAGGGUGUGUUUAAAGGAUCUGGGCAUAUACUAAAACAGAACGGCCUUCUAAUGACUUACGGACCGUACGCGAUCAAUGGCACCAUCACUCCCGUCUGCAAUGAACACCUGGACCAGACGUUACGCCAGAUGAAUCCGGAGUGGGGUCUUCCCGACAUCGAUGUGCUCCGACAGCUGGCCUUCAGUAACGGGAUGAGGAUGGAACGGAUGGUGAGGGACGCUCAAUCACAUGAUGCUUUUUAAUGUGUUCCUUUACGUUUAGUGUGUCAUGUGUAUGUUCAUACAUGUAUAAGAUCUGCACAGUGACAAAGCUCAGU